UUUUUAUAUUACUUUUAUAUUUAAGUUUUAUAGAAUAUAAUAUAUAUAUAUUAAUAAUUUUUUUAUUAUUUUCAGUUUGUGAGGGGGCAUUAGGUUUAUCUAUUUUGGUUUCUAUAAUUCGAACUCAUGGAAAUGAUUAUUUUCAAAGAUUUAGUAUAUUAUAAUGAUAAAAUUUUUAUUAAUAAUGAUUUUUAUAAUUCCUUUAUGUUUUUUAAAAAAUAUAUUUUGAAUGGUUCAAUUAAUAUUAAUAAUAAUAAUAUUUAUAUUUAUAAAUUUAAAUAUAAAUAUUACAAAUUUUUGUAAUCUUAGAUAUAUAAUAGGAUGUGAUAUAAUUUCUUAUGGUUUAAUUUUAUUAAGAAUUUGAAUUUGUUUAUUAAUAAUUAUGGCAAGAGAAGAUUUAAAUAAGAAAAAUUUUUAUAUUAAUUUUUUUUUAUUUAAUAUUAUUAUUUUAUUAAUUAUAUUAUAUCUAACUUUUAGAGUGUUAAAUUUAUUUAUAUUUUAUUUAUUUUUUGAGGGGAGAUUAAUUCCUACGUUAAUAUUAAUUAUUGGUUGAGGUUAUCAACCAGAACGAGUUCAAGCUGGGAUAUAUUUAUUGUUUUAUACUUUGUUUGCUUCUUUACCAAUAUUGAUGGGAAUUUUUUUUUUUUUUUUUAAUUAUAAUUGUUUAAUUAUAUAUUUUUUAAAAUUUUUUAAUAGAAAUUUUUUUUUAUUAUAUUUAUCUAUAAUUUUAGCUUUUUUAGUAAAAAUGCCAAUAUAUUUUGUCCAUUUAUGACUUCCUAAAGCUCAUGUAGAAGCUCCUGUUUCGGGGUCAAUAAUUUUAGCUGGGAUUAUAUUAAAAUUAGGAGGUUAUGGUCUUUUACGGAUUAUAAUUGUUUUUCAAAAAAUUAAUAUAAAAUAUGGAUUAAUUUGAGUAGUAAUUAGAUUAUUAGGGGGUUUAUAUAUUAGAUUAAAUUGUUUUUGUCAAGUUGAUAUAAAGUCAUUAAUUGCUUAUUCAUCUGUGGCUCAUAUAAGAUUGGUAAUUUGUGGAAUUAUAACUAUAAAUUAUUGGGGUUAUUUAGGUUCAUAUAUUAUAAUGAUUGGGCAUGGAUUGUGUUCUUCAGGAAUAUUUUGUUUAGUAAAUAUUAAUUAUGAACGAUUGCAAAGACGAAGAUUAUUUAUUAAUAAGGGUAUAAUAAAUUUUAUACCUUCUUUAAGUUUAUGAUGAUUUUUAAUUUUAUCUUCCAAUAUAGCAGCACCUCCAUCAAUAAAUUUAAUAGGGGAAAUUAGAUUAAUUAAUAGAAUUGUUAGAUGAUCUAAUUUAACUAUAAUUACUCUUAUUAUAAUUUCUUUUUUUAGAGCUGGGUAUAGAUUAUAUUUAUAUUCUUAUACACAACAUGGAAAAUAUAAUAUAAGUAUUUAUAGUUUUUAUACAGGUAUUUCUCGGGAAUAUUUAAUGUUAUUAUUACAUUGAUUACCUUUAAAUUUAUUAAUUUUAAAAAUUGAUUUUUUUAUAAUUUGA